UUCCGUUAACGGAUUUUGUCGCAAGUAGAAUUUGACGGUUUUUUUAUUUGAGAGAGUCGCGAGUUGAAAGAAAUCGAAGUGUAAGCGAAAAGAUUGGGUGCUCAAAAUUGAAUUCAUCCGGUCGCGCGAACCAAACCUUGCGCGAAACCCUCACCUUCCCAACGCAGAUAAUGCUUUUGUGCACCCUGGGCCGAUAGAAGGUGACAAACGAAAAAUGGAGCUACGAUACACAAUGUGCAAACGAAGGAAAAUCACUUACGGGUGGCUUAGCUCUUCCAUUAUAUUCUUCAUUGCGCUGAUAGAACUCAUAGCGAAUGUUCAUAGCUUGAAGGAGCUCAAAAUAUUCGUCCCGGAAGCGGUCAUCAUGGGCAACGCGGCGACGCUGUCCUGUCAAUUCGAGCUGGAAAAGGCUUCCCUCUACUCCGUGCGGUGGUACUUUGAGACCGAGGAAUUCUAUCGCUACGUGCCGAAGGAGUCACCGCCGGCGCGCACCUUUCCCGUCUCCGGCAUAACAGUUGACGGUACGCAAUCGGACUCAACCUCGGUCACUUUGCGUGGCGUAACGCGCGACCUAACGGGCCAGUUCCAGUGCGAAGUGUCCGAGGACGCACCACUGUUCCACACCGACAUCCGGCAGGCCCGAAUGCAGGUCGUCGAGCUACCGAAGGAGGACCCACACAUGCAGCUGGACAAAACACACAUCACCACGCUGGACAAUUUCCGGGCCGUCUGCACCGUGGGGACAUCGUUUCCGGCCGCCAACAUUACCUGGUACAUCAACUCGAAACGGAUCCAUCGGACGCCGUACCAGCGCAUAACGUACCGGUCGUACGAGGGAACGCCAACCUUCUCAUCGCUCGAAAUGUUCCCGCACAGCCAGGUGCUGCUGGACAUCUACCAGUCGAUGCCACCGUUCCACACGAGCCUCACGGUCAUGUGCGAGAUCUCGAUUCUGCACAUCUACACCAAGAGUGCCCAGCAGCGGAUCCUCGUCAGCGAUCUGGUUACGACCAUCUCGCCUAACCUGCUCGGCCUGGAUGGCUCGAAGCGGUUAAACAACGGUGACCCAGACAACUCACCCCUUACCGGGGGUGCCGUCGGCAUUGGCCGUGGCUCGUUCGUGCUGCUCUUCGGCCUCUGCACUGUCGGGGCGAUGCUGUGGACUCUGCACUCCGACUGGCAGCACGUGGACCGGGUAUCGAGAUUGUGAUUGGCUUCCGGGCAGACUCUGUACAUAUAAAGCGCAGGUGAGGCGCUACCGAUAGCCGGCAAGGGAGCGGGAGUUAUUAAGUAUAAACAUAACAUAAAUAGUAGAAUUGAUUACGAUAUUCAGUGUACGGGCUACAAACUGGAGACGAAGUGCUCCCGAUGGUGGUUACUAUAAGGUAGUUUAUUUCGCGUUCAGCUUCUGAGAAAUUACCAAACAAACUUAGCGACGAAGGCAUAGAAGGAAUCGCUAGCCACCCGCUCAACGGUCUUGUCCUGAUUAAACGAAAUUCCAGCAAAUCCUGCGUGGGGCUCUUGCGCGGCAACACGCUAUCGAUGGAGGGGGGAACUAGACCUGUGUGUGUGUGUGUGUAAAUUGUAUAUGUAAUUGAGCUUUCUACUAAACAUACGUCACGGAAAGUUAUGUGAAACAUUUGCUACAUUGCCAGAAAACAUUUAACAGAAACCGACACAACCAACAGGGCUCUAGUGAAGAUAGAUAAGUUAAUUGCAAAGUAAAGGGUUGUAAAAAGUUGAGAAAAAGUUUCAGUUUAUUCCCAACCCGCGGCAAGUAUCGGACGUAUUCCGCGAUGCUCUCGGAAGUCCUGAACAUUAUCCGUUUUAUGAUGCAUGAACCUCAACAGAACAGAUGAGAACUCCGUAGAUAAAGGUACUGAAAAUCUAAACAGUUAAA